AGGCUCAUAAGUAAUUGAAAUGGAGGUGAUGUCGCCGAUGGGCUGCACUGCUACUGUAACUGAAGUGCAGCCGAGCGUUUGGGAUAAAAUUGCUUUCUAAUUAUUCAAUCCACCUUUACUUUUCUUCCUGAAAGACAGAGAGAGAAUGACUGAAAGAAAGAGAAAGAAAGAUAGCCUCUGCAUCAUGCAGCAGCAGUGGGUGUGUGUGGCUUUACUAGCCCUCCUGACUGUCACAAUGACGCUGGCAGAUGGUGGAAAAACAGAGAAACAAGGUAAGAAAGAGCGUAAAUCGGACUGUGGCGAGUGGCAGUGGAGCGUGUGUGUGGCUAAUGAGGGUGACUGCGGCCUGGGCACCAGAGAGGGCACACGCACCGGCACUGACUGUAAACAGACCAUCAAAACCCAACGAUGCAAAAUCCCCUGCAACUGGAAAAAGCAGUUUGGAGGUGAGUGUAAGUAUGAUUUUGAAGCGUGGGGAGAGUGUGACUCGAUCACAGGAAUGAAGAAGCGCAGCGGUGUGCUAAAGCGAGCGCUGAUGGACGCUAGCUGCCCGAAUACUGUCAGCGCCACCAAACCCUGCGGCAAACCCAAGCCCAAGAUACAAGAUACACAGAAACCCAAACGGGAAGGAAAGAAGAAGGAGCGAAACCCGACGGACUAGAGGAGAAACUCCAGCUGCAUCUGAAGCUGCUCUCUUCUGCUCCUCAGGCAGAAACACAAGAUGAUGCCGGAUCUAUUUACAGUAGAAUCUUUUUAGAUCUUUUGUAGCUUUAAUUUACAGCUCACGGAAUAAUACAUGAAUGAUAAAAGUAAAAAGCGAAGUACUAAAAUCAUCUGCUGAAUCUUCAAAUGCUGUACCAGCGGUAUCAGACCGCACAGGUCACACAGAUAUGUUCUAAGAACGUUUUUAUAACGUUCCCAUUAGGUUAUGAACAUUCCAGAAUUUUCUCUGAACGUUCUAAACUUUAAAUGUUAAAAAAACAAACAUUCUCUUGGUUAUGCAGAUGUUAAGGGAUUGUUACAUUUGAUCAUUUUCCAAACAUUAUGACACAGUUACUUUGGUUCUGAUACAAGAAAACAUUCCAAGAAGAUGAAUAAUAAAAUACGAAAUGCUAAUUCAUGAGUAUGCAUUGAAAUGAAACGUCCUCAUCGAACACGAUGUUGAAUUAUAAUUAUAAUUGUAAUUUAUGAACAGACAAAAAAUUCUUAAAUGUUCUUAAAUUAGUAAAUUGGGGGAAUUGUCCUUCCACUAAAAUGAAAUUGAGUAAAUACUUAAAAAUCAUCUGAUGUUUCUGAAAUAUCCUAAACAUAGAACAUAUUGACGGAUAAUACAUACUGAGAAAUUAAUGUAUCAGUUAAAAAUUCCAAUUAGAAUUCUGCUUCCUGUUUGGAACCACAAUUCAAAUCAAGUUCAAAUUCAAAUCUGGAAUUCUCAAUUCAGCAAUGCUGGAACUAACGCUUUUCUAAAUGAAAUAAUGUAACAUCAUUUCCGCUAAAUAAAGAUGUUAAUUAUUCCUUCCCA